UUAUUUCCAUCUUGAAUGAAAUCCAGGAAAGUCAUGUAUGCCCCUGAGCCAACACCAGCAGGUUGGGAUGUCAGAGGGGAUGGGCCAGCAGUGAUUAGUCAUGCACCUCAAGUUGGAGGUUAUCAAGCUCCAGGACAAGCUUGGCCACAACCCACCAACUGUCCCAGGGGUCUGGAAUACUUGACCCAUGUUGACCAGUUACUGAUUCAUCAGAAAAUUGAACUUCUUGAGGCAUUCACUGGAUUUGAAACUGCCAAUAAGUACACCAUCAAGAACACCUUGGGCCAGAAGGUUUACUAUGCAGCUGAGAAAUCAGAUUGUUGCACAAGAAACAUCUGUGGACCAAUCAGACCCUUUGACAUGAAGAUCUAUGACCUGAACAAGCAAGAAGUUCUCAUUUUCAAUAGGCCUCUUCGCUGUGACUCCUGUCUGUGUUUCUGCUGUCUUCAGAAAAUGGAUGUCUAUGCAAGUCCAGGGGAUUUUUUGGGCUCAAUAGAACAAACAUGGUCCAUCAUCCAUCCAAGAUAUGUCAUCAAGGAUGCAGCUGGAAACCCAGUUCUUAAGAUGGCAGGACCUUGUUGCACAUGGUCUCUCUGUGGUGAUGUUGAAUUUGAGAUUUUUUCUGAAUCCACUGGAGAAUCCGUCGGAAAGAUCAGUAAACAAUGGUCGGGUCUUGCAAAAGAAAUGUUCACCGACGCAGACAAUUUUGGCAUCAGUUUCCCACUGGACCUUGACGUAAGGAUGAAAGCUGUUCUUCUCGGAGCAGUUUUCCUUAUAGACUUCAUGUUCUUCGAACAGCAGAAUAACAAAGAAAACGACGGAAUCGGAAUGUUUUCUUGAGGCCAACAUGGACUUGAAUAUCGUUUUUUUUCAUUUGAAACAAACGAAAUUGAUGGUUUACAAUGAAGAACAGUUUUGAUUUUAUUUCCAGGACCAGUGAAUUAAAAAAAUUAAAUGCUGGCAUUUUCAAGAAUUCUCCGCCACACUUGAGUAAUAAAAACUUCAUCGGAACUUUGGGAAAAAAAAUCCAAAAAGUGUUAUAUAAAGAGUCUAUCUUUAUACUUGUCUUACAGAUUUUAUUUCUUCUCUUUGUGAGAGUUGAAUAAGUGCAUUUCUUCCAGGGAUUUAAUUAAGAAAUACAUAUCUUGCAGAUUAAUGAAAAAAAAGUUGAGCUUCAUGCGACCUUCAAAAAAUUAAUGUGGAGUUUUCUCGACGGAUUUUCAAGGUCAGGAGCCGGAAGUGGGAACACAUAGCGUGUGUAAAAGAUAACAACUGUGAAGUAUAAGAAAUGAGUAAAAAGUGGUAAGUGCUGA